UUACUCUGGCUCACUGUAGGCGUCCUAUCUGUUUUGUACAUAAUUCUAGGCCUAGAUAGGUAGGCCUAUUCAUUCAUUGAUAAUUUCCGAAGUGUAAAAUUGUCCACGUUUUUUGAUGGAUUGUUAUUCGCAAAAUCGGAGAUCGAUAGCAUUCAUAAGUAGGUUGAGUCAGUAAUGAUUGAUGCUAGAUCUGAUUCUAAUAACGAGUUGACUUCAGUAAAGGUUGCUUCCUUCAGAGAUAAACGAACCAGCCCCAGGUGAAAUUCAGCCUGAGCCAGCACCAUUCCUCAAGAAACAGUCAAAAAACCUCACGUCUCAAGAACCAAAAACCAAGUCCUAUUCAACUCCAAACGGCAACAUGCAAAAAGCUACAAUACUGCUCCUCGAUGGCACUGACCAGCAAUAUGAAAUAGAUAGACGUUCAAAGGGAGAGUACCUGCUUAACAAGGUUACAGAAAGCUUGAAUCUGUUAGAGAAAGACUAUUUUGGUCUGACAUUCCGUGAUUCACAAGAUCAGAAGAACUGGUUGGAUCCUGCCAAGGAGAUACGAAAACAAGUGAAAAGUGGACCAUGGCUAUUUGCUUUGAAUGUCAAGUUUUACCCGCCAGACCCAAUCCAGCUCUCUGAAGAUAUUACACGAUACCAGUUAGUCUUACAAAUACGGGAAGACAUUCUAAAAGGAAAGCUGCCCUGUUCAUUCGUAACCCACGCCCUUCUAGGUUCCUACAUUGUACAGUCUGAAUUAGGAGACUAUGACCCUGAUGAACACGGUCCUGACUGCUCUUACUUGGAAGAUUUCGGCCGCUUCACUCCAAACCAAUCCCAUGAUCUGGAACAGAAGAUCCAUGAACUCCACAAGACUCAUAAGGGUCAGACUCCAGCAGAGGCAGAGCUUCAUUACCUAGAGAAUGCCAAGAAGUUAGCAAUGUAUGGCGUAGACCUCCACCAUGCUAGAGACUCGGAAGGUGUCGACAUCAUGCUAGGGGUGUGCGCUGGUGGUCUGCUUAUUUACCGUGAUCGUCUCCGAAUUAAUCGUUUUGCAUGGCCUAAAAUCCUUAAAAUUUCCUACAAGCGGAAUAAUUUCUACAUCAAGAUCAGGCCCGGCGAGUUUGAAUUGUUUGAAAGUACAAUUGGGUUUAAAUUGGCCAAUCAUCGUGCUGCUAAGCGUCUCUGGAAGGUGUGCGUAGAACACCAUACAUUUUUUAGACUAGUUUCCCCUGAGGCCCCACCAAAGAAAACUGUGUUCAACCUAGGCUCCAAGUUCCGCUACAGUGGUAAGACACAAUUCCAAACUCGCCAGGCCAGCAAUUCUAUUGAUAGACAAAAUCCGGACUUUGAACGCCUCAAUAGCAAGCGACUAACAAGAAGCAUGGAUGGUGCUUACGGCCGUUCAGGUUCCCGUGAGCUUGACCGUCCAGAUGAAUCAACACCUCAACGACAUUCUGCCAACUUGGACCAAGUUGGUGGCCCUGCUGUGGGAAAAAUAGCCUACGCAGACUCAGAAAAUGGUGACCACAAGAUUCACUUUGUCGAUUCGGAUGAGAGUGACCAUGAGAUGAGUACAAAUGCAAACAAUAACAACCCGAGUUUGCCCAGAAGGGAUGUGGAUGCGACCUCUGAUGAGGGUGAAUACGAAGGAGAGGUGUACCCACAGCCACCACCCAAACCAGCACACCAAAUGAAGUAUAUGUCGCACUCGGCCGACGACAUAGCAGAAGGCGUUGGAGAGUUUGACCCUCAAUUGGAAGAUAGCAAACAGUCGGACACAAAGUAUGAAGUGACGACCAAGACUGUCACUACACGUUAUGAGUACCAGCAGUCAUACCCAGAUCAAGUGGAAGUGUCCGAGCAAGUCAAGUGUGACAUAGCUGCAGCUGAUGAGGCCGGGCCCCCUUCAGAACCUCCUGCACCGCCACCAGAGGAGAGCACACCUGCUGCUCCAUCAUCGGCCGGUGGGGCAGUUGCUAAGGAUGACGACGAUGACAUGAUGGUCUCUCCUGCUCCGGCAUACGAUGGUGUCCCUGAAGUAAAGACAGCGAUGCUCAAAUACCAGACCGGUGAGGAUGAUGACCGGCAGAAGACCACAGAGGUACCGUAUGUGCACACAGAGAACACUACCAUCACAUAUGAAAAGGAUGGUACUGAGGUCGAUGGCCAGGACCCCGGGAUGUUAAUUAGUGCACAGACACUCACCAGCGAAUCUCACAUGACCACCACCACAACACACAUAACAAAGACGGUAAAAGGUGGUGUUACUGAGACCAGAGUAGAGAAGAAAAUUAUCAUCCAAGGAGAUGGUGAUAUUGAUCAUGAUAGGGUCCUUGCUGAAACGCUUGCAGAAGAGCAGGAACGCAACCCAGAUUUCACUGUUACAAAAGUGGUUGUGCACAAGGAAGGCGAAGAAUUUGCAAAUGGUAUUCAGGAAGAUUAAUUACAAAAAAGCGGCUCUAAAGCCAACAGAUCCUACUAGAUGUAGUUACUUCAAACUGAAUGUUUGAAUUUGAUAUAUCAAUAUUUUUGGGGGCUUACUUUUCAAAUAGUCAAUUUUGUAAUUGUCUAAGUUCUUCAAAACGGAAGAGAUGAUUUUUUUUUUCUUGUUUAAUAAUGCAUGGAUCAAAAGUGUGUUGUACAUUUCUUAUCUGUUGGAUCAACAUUUGGUAACCUAAAGAUAUCUUAAUUAUGUGUGAAAUAUAUGCCGUUGAAAUUAUUAGCUAAUUUGAAAACAACGGGAUUCAGUAAGUAAGGAAUAGUGUAUUUGUGACUUAGUAUUGAUAUCAGGUAUGUAUGGUUUGUAUCAGAAAUUUUGUAGAAUUUAAACUUGCUUGUGAAAGAACAUUAUCUCAAGUACUGUAGCAUCUUUCUAGUAUUGAAGACGUAGUUGAGGAAAUUCACCACUGAGGUACAGGUAUAUAUGAUUUGUACCCGUUUAAAUUUAUAUGAUGAUUUUGGAUGAAAUUUUCAUACACAAAAAAAUAAAAAGAAUCUAGUCAUUACCAAAGUAAUUGAGAAUUACAAAUAUAUAAUUAUAUAUAAAAAUAAAUAUAUAACAUUAAUGUCCCCACAUGUGAUUUCGUAUUGAAAUGUGUGAUUAAUAUUUAUUUAUAUAUGCUGAUGCAAUCAAUUAAAAAUUAUUAUUAAGUAAGGUAAACAUGUCUUAAUAAUGAUGUUAUAAUAUACUUUAAUUAAUUUUAAUUUUGAUACUAUUAAAAUUUUGCUUGCAAUGUUGUUUUUUUAAUAGAUAUUGAAAAAAAAAAUAUGAAGAAAGGUUUAUAAAUGACAGAAACCCUAGAAGACUGUAUUUGAUUAGAAAUAUAUUUGUCAGGGGGCUUCAAAAUUUUGAAUGUGCAAAUUGAAAACAUAUCUUUUUUUUUUUGGAUCAUUAAGGAAAACAUGAAUCAUAUCAUUCAUUCAAUGGGCUGUUUUAGUCAUUGCCAGUAAAGAGCUGCCUUAUUAUGAUUUUAUUUCUGUAGAUGUAAAAAAAAGGGGACUUUAAACAAACUAAUAUAUUUGGCAGUUUCACCAUUUCUGAUCGGAUUAUUUCAAAUUGUUGAACUGGUGUAUGUAUGGAAUAGGCUAAAUGAACUAUUAGGGUUGUGUUUUUAUAAUGAUUGUAUUCACCUCUAUUUGCUUGUUUUAUGACAUGAUAUUUAAUUUUGUCUUUUUGGGUGAUCAAAAUUAAUUAAAAAAACGGACAUACAUUGUAUCUAUAAUUAGUUGAUUACAUUACAUUCACAGUAAAUGCACUGUUACUAGUUUCAAAUUUUUGUGAUUGUUAGUUUUUUGUUUGAAAUAUUCUUAUUUCUUAUCGGCACUGCUUAAAUCGUCUUCCUGUGUAUUGUGGCUUUUUGUUUCUAUUUUUUUUUUACCGUAUAAAUUUUUCAUUUUGAUUUCUUAAUUGUUUUUUUUUUUUUUUUUUAAGAUUACUGUAUUCAAUUUUUUUUUUAUUGCAACUGAUGGCACUUGUGAACCCAAUCUAAUGAUGAGUAAUGUUAAGAAAGUUUUAAUAUUGUAAAGUGGAACGUGUUUAAAUUAUUCCAAUAUGUAGUUGACUAUUUAGAUAGAAUAUUUUAAAUUUAUAAAAACAAUUGCUAUGUCAUAGUUCCAAAGAAUUUAACUAAAUUAUAGUAAUUAGGUUUUUUUUAAUUACUAUUUGUAAUUAAAAUGAAUAUUACAUACUGUAAUAUGAAAAUAAUCAUUAUUGUUGUCGCUGCCAAUAGUGUUAUUAAUAUAAUUUUUUUAUGCUGUAUAUGUUAAUGUAAAAGCCAUUGUGAAAAAAAUUAUUAAAACAAUAUAUACUAAUGGUUCAAAUCAAAUGUUUUAACAAAUGAAGCUUGCAAUUAUUUUUUAUUUUAUAUUUGACAUAAGCUUACCAUUUCAACUGACGAAGGUUAAUUAAUUAAUUGUUGUUUAGCAGUGAAUGUUUACCCGUGCAAUUAAAAACAACAAUGAUCUCAUUCAAUGAAUUAUUGGAGGCAUUUUAGUACAUAACUGGCAAUUAUUGCUUGGCUUAGCAAUUUAUCUAAUAAUUUUAUUAAUAUUAUUAUUAUUAUUAUUAUUAUUAUUAUUAUUAUUGAUUUUUGUUUAUUGUUGUUAAUAGUAAUAUGAAUGAUAAUUUUAAUACUAAUUCGAAAUAUAGCGUCUAUUUGUUCUCGCAUCAUUAUAGACAUUUCACAUUAAGCCCUAAUUUAUUAUUAAUUUGAAAUAAUAAUCACAGUGAAAUUUGCCAUCAAUUUGUUACAUUUUUGCAUGAGCUAUUAGGUUGAAUACAUGGAAUACCGUAUGUAAUUGUAUUUUAUUUUUCUCUAAAUUACAUCCUUUGUUGAAUGUAUAUCAAUCACUUAGUAGUAUUCUAACGAGAUUGCCAAUGCUAUCAUUUAAUUAAGCUUGUGUUUUAAAGAAUUAUAAGAUGUAAUAUAAUACUAAUUUUGUGAUUAUUUUAUAAUGUAAUACUGAAAUUAUUUUUUAAUCUAACUAUUGCUUAAACAUAAGAGAAGUUUCUUACAUGAAACCUGGCUAUAUAUUGUAUUGAUUUCAACUGACAAGGUAGCUAAUCACAGUGUCAGUAUCAAAUAUAGUAAAUCAAGUAAAAACCAGGUUGUCAGCAGCUUAUUCCUAUAUUAAAUAAUUAACCACAAUACCGCACCAUUUCCAUUGAAAGUAUAGCGUCCAGAUUUUGUUCCUUUACAUAUUUUUUUGAUUUGUAUUUGUGUGUGCUGUUGUGUCGUCAUCCAUUGAUUUGGUGGUGUCCCAAGUCACAACUAAAAUGUAAUUGCUGAGUUUAGGCGUUGAUUCCGCUUUUGUUCCUUCAGCUCAGGCUUACCCUGUAGUAGACUUUUUACUAUUCCUCACAAUUUAUUAUUCUUGGAUGUUAAAAGUUGACAAAUCAUGAAUUGUUACUAUUAACUUAACAUGCAGAAUGCAGAAAAUUCGUACUUGAGAUUAUGUUGGUGUAAGAUACUGAUAAACUAUAUGAAUAUGUAAUGUAAUUUGUCUCCUGCUAUUAUGUGGUCAAUAAAUCGUAGUCUGGUCAGUGA